AUGCAAAGCUUAGGCAGCACAGAACCUCGAGUACCCAAAAUUCCACCGAGGACAAUGCUUUCCGAUUAUAGGCUCACUGAUGAGUCAGAAGUCGAGGAAGCACUUAAUGGGCAUGGUCAGUGCGAAUACCAAGUUGGUCCUCCGAUAAUGGAAGUAAAUUGGUGCGGAUACCCCGUGGACAAGAUAGCGUUGAUCUACCAUUACCUGAUGGUAACUGCUCAAGCUGCAACCAAGAUUUUGGAGCUGAAUGCUGGGUUGAAUGCCCUACUAUUUUCAACUUCAUUGGAAGCAAGCAUAGAGAUCAGGCACAUAUGA